AUGUCUCUCCUGUUAUGGGUCACGACUCAGAUCUUCUGGGCGGGGCGAGCAUUCGGCGCUGUUGCCCGAUCAGAAACCGGCUAUAGCCAUCCUUGCGAACAUGUUGCCGCCAUAUUCGACGCUGUCAACUAUGGUGACGGCUCACCGGACCUACUCAGCCCAGAGGUGGCAUAUGAAUGCCUAAACUCGGUGCCCGUGGUUCAAGGAGAUGCGGCAGCCUUGAUCAAUGGCCUUCGAGGCUAUCUCGAGAUGCAAAGUACUCUCGACUACUUGGCGGCGCCGACCACCGGAUGGCUUUUUCCACCUGUCGACAUCCUCGACACCCUGGAUCAAAUUGGACAGAAGGUCAUGAACAAUGAGUACUCGAGCGAGUAUGACCUGCAGGUUGAUCUGCAUACCAUGUCACUGCUGGGAAAGGACGACCACUUGAUGACCAAAGGUCCAAUAAUGAGGGCACUGACUUUCCACCGGUUCCCCACCAUCACUUACUUGGUGUCCCUGUCCGAAGAUGGAAUAGAAUAUCCAUCGGUCUAUCUUUUUGGGGAUCGAUACGAGUUUGACGACGAUGGUCAGCUACGGGUCCGAACUGGCGGGGACUACUCGGCCAUCACAAAGAUCAAUGGUCUCGACGUCCAGGAAUUUCUGCAGACCGAAUCACUGACCGGCACGUCCCAAGAUCCAGACGCUUUAUACAACGGCCUGCUGUAUCCCUACGGGUUUUUCGGGAGUCCAGAAUUCUACCCCGGAACAGACACAAACUUGACGUUUCAAAACGGCUCCAUCAGAGCGUACCAAAACUACUUUGACUGGGGACCCAAUAAUUUUUCGGACAUCGUCGACGGGGAAACAAUGUACAACAUGUUUUUCCAGACGGUGGAUCUCAGCGACGAGUCUGACGACUCUGGCGAGUCUGCACAGGUGAAACGAAAAGUCAAGCGUCAGUCGCCCGUACCUUCUGUGAUAUCCGACGACGCUGGUGCCUUUACGGGCUACUGGGGUGGCGAUCUCCCGGAUGAUGUUGCUGUCCUGACCAUCACCAGCUUUUCGCCCGACGACGACGGUGGUUCAGACGUCAACUCCCAGGAGAUCCUGCAAGAAAUCCUGGCGUCGGCGAAAGAGAACGGCAAAGACCAUCUCAUCAUCGACCUGCGGACGAACGGCGGUGGAUCCGUCCGUUUGUGCCUCGAGACGAUGGUGCAGCUGUUUCCCGACACGCCUCCCGACACCAAAUCCAGCCUGAGAGCCAACGGCGCGCAGAAAGCCCUCGUCGACUACUUCAGCGAGCAGACGGACAUUGCCCAGGACGCCAACCCCAACACGGGUCUCGACGAGGAAGAAAUCUACGCCGAGUACUGGAACUCGCCGUGGGCUUAUCAGACGGUCAUGUCGCCGAGUGUCAAGCCGUUUGACAGCGCCGACCAAUUCUACGGCCCUUAUCGCGAGGGUCCGGGGUAUUUCACCUCGUACUUUCAGGAAAACUAUACCAACAACGAAUACUCGAUGAUUGACCAUUCGGAUCUGAACAUCACUCAAGCCGAUCCUCGGGCAGAGCGGCCUUUUGCGGCAGAAAACAUCAUCAUCUUGACCGAUGGGUACUGUGCGUCUGCAUGCUCGAUUUUCGUCGAGCACUUGAAGAACGAGUUCCGCGUCAUGAGCAUCGUCGUCGGCGGGCGGCCACAGAGCGGGCCCAUGCAGACGAUCGGCGGCGUCCGAGGCAGCCGGCUCUUUUCAUACGACUUCCUGGCGUAUCUGGUAGAAGCUUACACGGAACAAAUCACGGCGAACCCAAAGUCGGCGGACGCGCAGUUCGAGGACUGGAACCUGGGCCCCGCCGAGCGCUUUGGGACGGGCCUCCGCGUCAACGGCUUCAACGCCUACCGCAUGGGCGAGCCGCACAACAUCCCGCUCCACUUCGCGUACGAGGCUGCCGACUGCCGGAUCUGGUACACGCCCGAGAUGAUCGCGGACGACACGGCGCUGUGGAACCGGGUGGCCGAGCUGGCGUUUUCGAACCGCGACGGCAACGUGAUUGACUCGCCCUACUGCGUCGAGGGCAGCACCAAGCACCCGACCAGCAUCAGCGGCGGCGUGCGACAGGGCGACCUGGGCCCGCAGACGCCGCCGAAAAGCGCCUUCCCGCAGUACACAGGGUGGAUCCUGAACGGGACCAGCCUGACGCAGAAGAAUCUGGGGCGUGCCCAUGGAUUCGGGCCCGGAGUGCUCGAGGGCGGUGGGUACAGCGACGACAACGACAGCGGGAACAAAAGUGGGAGCGACAAGGACGACGCCGUCGUCAUCGACCCAGUCGCGCUGCAGAAUUUCAAGGACAUGUGUUCAGAGUCGAUCACGGAGGAGCAGUGGUUUGUCAAGCUCAUGUGUCUGAGAGGGGAUGGCAUGUGCGUCUCCCCGACCCAUCUGACGCGAUACCUGCUACGCACCAGUCCACCGUCAUUGUCACCAUCCACGUUUUCCACGACUGUGACGGGGUCGAGAACCAUGAAAACGAUGGCAUCGAAGGCCCGAAUCCGCAUCGUCUUCGACUGGGACGGCACCCUCACCACACGCGACACCCUCCACGUCGUCGCGGCCAUCGGCUACAGAACUAACAAGCACCGGGUACCACCGCCCCCGUCGUGGGACCAGAUCGUCCAGGCCUACAUGGCGGACUACACGCGCCAUCAGGAUGCGUACCGUCCCCCCAGCCAGGACCGGCGCACGAUACCCCUCGAGAGUGCCUGGCUGGCUAGUCUGAGGGGGGUCGAGGUGCGGAGUGUCCAGAGGGUGGUGGACGCGGGGAUCUUCGCCGAUGUCACCGAAGGGGAUGUUUGGAGGGAGGCGGAGGGGGCGGUUCGAAAUGGCGAGGUACGGCUCAGGGAAGGGUGGUGGGACGUUCUUACUGCUGCAAGUCCAGGUCCAGAUGCAGGUCGCGGCAGCAGUCAUGUUGAGUGUGAUGAGAGUGUGCCCGUGCCGGCGGUGGCAGGUUCUCCAUCCGUCGCCAUCAUCAGCGUCAACUGGAGCGCCGCGUUCAUAAGAGCAUGUCUAUCAGCAGCGACUACCACAGCACCCACAGAGGCAGCAGACCUCAAGCACGAACCCUCAUCACAGACCCAAGCCACGGUAGUAAACUCGCUGCCCAUACUCGCCAACAACCUCCUCCCCUGCUCACCCCGGGACAAUGACUACUCAAUGACAGUGACACCUGCUGGUGGUGCCGGAAUCCACACCAGCGGUGACAAACUUGCCGCACUGCAGCAUCUCCAACGCCUGCACCGGAAUGAAGACCGCGAAAGCCGAGGCGAAAGCCAAGGGGAAAGUCAAGGUGACAUAGUCAUCUACGUCGGCGACUCGCCCACCGACUUCGACUGCCUCGUCUCCGCCGACGUGGGCGUCUGUGUCCGCGACGAGCCCUUGGGUAGUGGCCAGCGCGAACUGCAAGAGACGCUGGAGAGAGUCGGCGUCGAGGUGCUGAGGCUCGAUUUAGGCGAGUGGGUCAGGUUUCGUCGCGAGUCGGGUCGACAAGUGAGAGCCGAGGGAGGAGGAGGAGACAAUAAGAAAGUGGUCGUUUGGUGGGUGGCAGAUCUGAGGGAGGUGGCGCGCUUCGUUGACGCGUAUGGCAGAUACGAUCGAGAUGUGACUUAG